GAAAUGGGAGCAUCCUCAGGCGCGACAGGAGAGGUUCGGUUUAGUACAUUGCAGUUAGUGUUCAAUAUGAAUUCGAUAGGACAGAUAGUCGAUUCCGAGUAGACAGUAAAUCCUCCAUUGCAGCCACCGAUAUCAACCGUAAGGCAUCAAAGGCGGUGGGGAUGAGACGGGCGAUGGCGUCAGGUGCUCGCCGCUUUUGCGGGCAGGAUGGCCGGGCACGACAAUUCUGCCUGGCCGGCUCAGGCAGGCAGAGAGACAGUUAACACCUUCACCAACACGACCGAACUCUGUUGGCCUACACCUUCACGUCGUUGCCUGAAACCGGUGCCUGCCUUGGGAACGCCGGGCAAACCAACACCGAACAGCCUCAGCCUCAGCCUCCGAGCCCUGAAGUGGACCCGCCGCCGCGGCCAACCAAGGACCCCGCAGCUUUCUCCCCUCCUCAUCCUCCUCUUCACGUUAUCAGCCAUACUCCCUCGUCUGAGGAUCCCACCAGCUCGUCCAAGAGAGUCCUUACUCGCGUGCCGUGUCGUGUGCCGCUCGCUCCACCAUCAAGAUGUUGAAGAUAUGGUCGAUGAAACAACAGCAGCAACAAGCUGAAAAUGCCGAAGGCGCCGCCGGAAAGAAGAAGAAGAAGGUCACGGCCGCUCAGC